AUAGAUAGGUACAUCCGUUUCAUCAAAAAAAAAAAAAUAUAUAUAUAUAUAUAUAUAUAUAUAUAUAUAUAUAGAUAGGUACAUCCGUACAUAUCUUUCAACAAAAUGGAAUGGAAAGGUACUCAGGCGGGUUGAAUAUUUAUCGACUACUCUGCAGCUGCCGGCAAUGAACGCUGCGUCGAGCACUCAGCCGGAUUUUGUUCAAGAUAUCUCCGGCGGAAGCGAUUCAGAUACCAACUCCGAUGAAGCUUCCCAAUACUACCAGCCAAUCGCUGCCGACGUAAGUGAUGACGAAGAAUCUCCCGAUCGAAGUCCAGAUCUCGUCAAUGAGGAUGGAGAUCAAUUCUUCAGUGAUUCGAACCGCUUACCGAACGGUUACGCGUGCUUCGUUGAAAACGGAGUGUCAUCUCUGAAUUUGAGCGAUGAGGAUGGCGAAUGUGAAGAAGGGUUGGAAGAGGAGAGGAUAAGGGCCUCUUCUGAUUCGUCUCUUCGGAGGCCAUAUAGGGACGACGAGAGCCGUCGCAGUGUUUCGUUAUCGUUAACGCCGGAGAAUGCAAUGAGAGUGAUGGAGGCCAUGCGAGGUAUCUCGUUCAGCGGGGUUGCUCCAGAUUGGGCAGCUCAGGUCCCGGAGAGCCAGUGGAUCCAACGGCUUCGAACAAUAAGACAGGCAUCUACUGUUACCAAUUCUCCCAUUCAAGAUUGAAACUUUCAACAGUUUAUUUCUGUUUUUCCUUGUAAUUGUUCCAAACCUGAAGUCACGCUUUCUGUUUGAUGAAUUGCUUCUUCUUCUAAGUAUGCUUUUUUCAAACUGUUUUCGCUUACAUUGUCUGUUAUGAGUAUUCACUGCAACAAAGAAAUUAAACUGCAAAUUAUAUCCCAUUAAGUGAAUGUACAAAUCUUUCAUUUCAAACUC